AUGGAAGCAGCCCCAGACAUCGCACAACCGCGGUGGCAGCGGGGGUUGAAGCGCAUCGCAAGUCUAAUCCUCCACCAAUGGCUCCUAAUCGGGAUCGGGAUCGUUUGCGCCCUGGCAUAUUGUUUCCCAAAUGUGGCCAAGCAUGGCGGCACCAUCCGUUCCGAGUACAGCAUCAUGUACGGCGUGAUAGCGAUCAUCUUCCUAAUCUCCGGCCUGAGCAUACCGCGCCAGAAGCUUAUCUCGCACGUCCUGAAUUGGCGCCUUCAUGUGAUCGUGCAGGUAAUUUCGUUUAUAUUUAUCCCCGCCCUGGUGCUGGCCAUCGUGCAUAUUAUCCUUGCUGCGGAUCCUGGGGGAAAGAUUGAUCGCGCCGUGCUGGCAGGGUAUAUCUUUACUGCUUGCAUUCCGACGACGAUUGCAUCCAAUGUUGUCAUGACGAGGUCUGCGGGCGGGGAUGAUGCGGCUGCUUUAGUGGAGGUUUUGUUGGCUAAUAUUCUUGGUCCGUUUGUUACGGCUGCAUGGACUAUUGCGUUGAUGCCGAAGAUGGCCGAGUUUUAUCCGUGGCGGUAUGGCGGUGGAGAUUUGGGGAGUAUGUACAAGGAGAUUUUUCAGCAACUCGGGCUCAGCGUGUUGCUACCGUUGUUUGUUGGGCAGCUUGUGAAGUGGACUUGGCCUGAUCGCACGGCGUUGGUCCUGCAGAAGACCAAGCUGCCUAAGCUGGCUACUGUCUGCUUGUUAUUAUUGAUUUGGGCCACAUUUUCUUCCUGCUUCGCAACAGGAGCCCUCCAAACACUUUCCGCGCAGAGCAUAGUCUUCGUGGUGCUGUUCAACAUCAUACUCUACACCACCUUAACGACGGUAUGUUUCUUCUGCUCCAGACCGCCGCAGAUCUUUAGCUCUCGCCGCUGGUCCAAGCCCAUAUUCAAACGCAUGUCUCCCGAGGAGACUAUUGCAGUGUGCUUUUGCGGACCAGCGAAAAGCACUGCACUCGGUAUUCCGCUGCUCUACGCAAUGUGGCAGCCGGUCGAUCUACUUCUAAAAGCAAAGACAUCGGUGCCGGUAUUGCUUUAUACUACGGAGCAGAUCUGCGUAGCGCAUUUCUUUGUUCAGUUGUUUCGGUGGUGGCAUGCUAGAAUUGUGGAGAAAGAGGAGCUGGAUGACCGUACGGGUGAUGAUGUUGGGAUGAGUAUUGUUGAAGACCCACAUAGAGAUCACGCUGGACGUGGUGAUGAGCAUACGACUGUUUGA